AUGCCAAAUUUUAGCGUUUCUUGUUUUAGUGAACUUCCAGGGAUGUAUCUGCUUGUGUUGACAACUCUUUUACUGUUCUGCGUGACCAGUGAAGCUAUGGUAGUAUGGCAGAUGCCACAAAAUCUAAUCUAUCCUGACCUAGACGAGACAUUUGGAGAUGAGAAUUUGCCGAUACGUCGUCAACAACGGUUACUGAAUCGAUACUACCUAUCGGGUAGUUUAUUAAAACGCAAUGCUCAUAUGAUAAAACAACCUUUUGUUGACUUCGACAGAAUUAUGGACAAAUUUAAAGGGCAUCUAAACGGUGGUCGAUAUGGUGCAUGA